AUGGAUCGAGAACUGAAAGAGGAGGAGCUGCAGGAUUUGUACGCUUGGAUAGAUAAAAUACCUCUGUCCCGACCCAAAAGACACAUCACCAGAGACUUCAGCGACGGAGUGAUGGCUGCUGAGGUUGUAAAACAUUUCUUCCCAAAACUUGUUGACCUGCACAACUAUAUUCCUGCAAACAACACACAGCAGAAGCUCAGCAACUGGAACCUCCUAAACAGGAAGGUGUUUUCCAAGCUGAAUUUUCACGUGCCUGAGGAGACGGUGAAGAGGGUUGUAUUGAGCACAGCAGGGGUGAUAGAGCCUGUACUCAGCAGCCUGAGGGAAAAACUAGAACAAAAAACAGAGCUUGGAGACAAUAUACAGGCUUCUCCUCAGGAUUUGGAAUACUAUGACAUCAGGAAUCAAGAGAAACCUCAUACAAAGAAGCCUCAGACUGAAGUAAAAGAUGACAGGAAAAAAGAUGAAAAGAACAAAGUAAAAAACAGCAAACUGCAGCCAACAGCACAGUUUUAUGCCGACAUGGAUCCUGCUGUCCGACUAACCCUGCAUCAAAAAGACCAAGCUCUGUUGGCCUUGCAGGAGACUGUGGAGAUUCUGCAGAUGAAGGUCGACAGGUUAGAACAUCUAGUUCACCUGAAAGACAUGCGCAUCGAAGAACUGACGCGGAAUCUGGAGACGUACAAAGCAAAAGCCAAUACUCGCUGAUAUGACGACCAACAACAUGCUGAAAUACUUGACAACUUCAAUACAGGCACCAAACCUGCUGAAAAGCAUGAGCCAGAUUACAGAUGUGUCUUAUAACAUUUGCAAGAUAUAUUUUUUGUGAUGAAAAACCGUUAUCUCUCACAUUAGGUACACUUGCCACAUAGAUGUUGCAGUAAGUAUCAAUUUCCCAAUAAGAGAAGGGCAGAUAUUCUAAGACACUAUGAUUACCUAAUCUACAGGCUGUGAUGUUUUGACAUUAUGAUUUGACGGCAGUAGCCAUCUGUCUUCUGAAUCCCUAUAGAUACAAACUGUUAUGUUCUUCGUUUUAUUAACUGUAUAUCCUUAUUAGCUCUAAAAUGUAAGUGGUUUUGUUAAAUAAAAGUCACUUGUAGGUGUUUUGCAUACAGAUCAAGAUGAAUUUUACACCUUUACACAGAGGUGUUCAGUAAACCAACUGACCACUCUGGCUUAUUCUUUGAGAGUAGGAGCAGAUUACAGCAAGUAAAAAUAGCAAAGAAUUUUCUAGUUUGAAGCUACCCACUGCUGCAAAUAAAAUGCAGGCACUGUUAUGUCUUAACACAGUGACUGUCACUUCCUCCCCAGUCUAAAAUUACAUUAUUCAUAUGAAUUUCUAUGAAUUAUGAAUAUCCUAUGAACUUCUCUUUCUUGUUUUAAGUGUGAAGACUUAUAAAGAUAGACAGAGGUUGUUAAUGACCUAAUUUCUAACUUAUGUAAGGACCAAAUAUGGGAAAAAAACAGCCUGUACAGAAAUGGUAAAAGUUACCCAGAGAGCCACAUUAGGUCAGGCCAGUGACAAGGGUUUGCUCAGUGUUGUUAAAAUUACUUUAGAUAAGACGUAGUGCUGCGUUUUGGUCAAUGUGUGUGUUUGUCCCUGCUGCUCGUCUUUGAUCUGGUUCUUCUGCUGGUGUAGAAUAACAAGACAUAGACAACCUGCUGUGCUUUAUCAGGAGAAGAUGAUCUUCUGCAGCUCCAGUUCUGUUGUGCUGAUUACUUCACUGACACUUGAUCAAUCACUAACACCAAGGCUGGACCAACACAACAGAGAAGCACACGUUAUCAAUACAAAAAUAUCUCUCAUCACUCAGACCUUUGUUUAA